UUACAAAUUAGUAAUGUCACCGGCAAAAAUGUUUUUUUGACAAACCAAAAUACUGAAAUUCUACAUACCUUGCGCAAAAGAGGUUACACAAAGAUAGAAAAACCUAAUCUAAAAUAUAACUUAACAAGUCGAAGUACAUAAUUUAUUUUCUCUUAUUGUUGAGCGUACCGUCCUAAACUUUAAUCCUAUUGUAUUUUAACAGCUCACAAAAUGUAGCCAAUACUGGGGAUGAGAAUAUGUAUAUUUUGUUUAGAUAUUGCUUUGUUAGUUAUGUCCGGACAACAAAGCACUGGCGGCACUUCUUGCAGGAUGGCAAAAACGCCGCCGAAUGCGGGUAAACAAGGUCCCUUAAAAGCUACUAUACCAAUCAGCAGUGUAAUAAAGCAUCCUAACAAUGUUGGAAAUGAAACAAGUCCUGUUAGGGGAACCUCAAUAUCUCCCUUGUUCUCCUGGAGAAAUAGGACUUCACCAGAGCAUGCAUCUGGCCAACGAAGCCCUGGGUCAUCUUGCAAUAAAGUGAAAUCAAAAUACAGUGGGGUUCCAUCAGAUGUAAUGAGAAGAACAGCAUCUUUGGAUACAAUUUAUUUAAAAGGACACUGGCCAAAGGACCAGUUGUAUUGGGGAAAUAUGGGAAUAUUGCAUAUUGAUAAAGCAACACAGACAGAAGAAUCUGAUUGGACUGAUAUAAAAAAAUUCCAGUGUAUAUUAGAAACAGAGGAUAAGAAUGUUUUAAGACCAAAAAUUAGAGGAAAUACUGCAGCUGGAAGACAUAUGUCUCCCGGAGAACAUACUUUGAAUAGUAGCUCUCAAACAUUAGCAUCUUGCAUUUUUACACCAAAUCUAAAAAUUGUCCAGUCGGGCUCUGUAAAACCUAUCCCAAAGUCUUCAAUGAGAAGUUCUGUUGAAAGUUUAAAUCAAGAGAUAGAGAGGAUAGUACUUAGAACCGGCAGUGAAGGAUUGCCCAGUGAUAGAUAUGAAUUUCGUCAAGCUACGCCAGAAGGCCAUAGAGCUCCAUUGGCGGAAAUGUUGAGAUUCAGCAGAUCGCGAUCUGUAAACACGCAGACUCCUCAAGAAUUUAGUCAUUCUUCUGGUGAUAGCCAUGGAUCUAGCCCAGACAAUGAAGGCAACAAGCUGGGCACUUCGCCACAGAUAAACCGGUUUUUGGCUCGUGAGCCACCAGAUGGCUGUGAAAAGGUAAGGCUCAAAUCCUCAAAUGAUAAAACAAAUAUCCUACUAGAACAUGCUCCACAACCAAGUACCUUCAAGCUAAGGCCCAGUUUAGGCUCAGCUUUUAAAAUUCUACAACCCGCUUUAAGUCCAAGCGAAGAACAAGCCGAACCACUACCUCAAAGUGAACCUGGAAGUGAGUAAGAUAAAGAACAUUUUUCAGGACAUUUAGGAAUAGAGAAAUAGGAAGAGAAUUUAGGACAUUUAUUGCCACAACAAAGAACUGGCAUGUAUUGCACAUUACAACGAUGCUCCUUAGUUUCUACGCCUAUUUGUAUACUACUCGGAGCCACCUGGUGUAUAUAUAGUAAAUAUUAUCUUAAAGCGGGGAGGCUGGAAAAAGAAAAGUUUCCUAUCGAGCUAUGGAUCGUCUUGUAGCGGAAAUUCAGUACGACAUUAGUUAAGUAAGCGGCUGACUUUGAUGAAGAUAACGUAUUACUUGCAAUGAAAAUUCGCAAAACUUCGUUUCUAAAAUAUUUUUCGAUGCAGGCUUUAAUAUGUAUGUAAGUGUACAAACCGCCUAUUAUGCUGCGUAUUGUAUAAUGAAAAUUAACGGGUUAUUCUAAUAACAAUAAAAUAUAAACUCUGAUAAAAGUAGAAAAAUGUAAAUACUAUACAAAAGUAAAAUUAAAACUCAAUAAACUUAAGAAAAAUUAAUUAUUUAAAUAAAAGGCUUAAACAAUAAGUACCAUAAGCGCAACAUGGCAAAAGAAGCUGUUUUCUGCAGCAUCCUCCGAAAAGGUGAAGCCUAAACUGCUUAUUUUUUCAAAAGGGAUGACGCCAAUUAUAGCACCUUGUGGGAAAGCUCUUUUUAAAAGAAAGUUGACAGUCUACUGUUCUUUUUGAAACAAAUUAACUUUUAAUUUUAAAUUGAAUAAAAAUGUUUAGAGGUGAAAAUUAAAAACAAAAUAUCCCGAUUUAAAAUGCGUAUUUUGAUUCUAAAAUCGCUAAACAAUUACCCGAGUCCCACAAAGUAUUAAGUCAGAACCCCCCAUAUUCUUUAAAGUGGAAUGAUAUCUCUUGUGCCACCUUCUAUUUUAGAAUUCCAGUUUAAAAUGGAGGUUGAUGGGACAUUUUGUUUGUCAUUUAUUUAUUAAAGUUUUAUAAAAAGUAAAAAAAAACUAUUAAGCAAUUGUUCAAAAUGAAAACCAUUUCUUGACAAAACACUAAAUGAUGAUAAGAUUUUGUUUGUGAACUUUUCUGAUCCUCAGAUUUAGUUAUUUAAUAUUUAUUCUAGCAUAGGAUUCGAAUUUCCAGAAAAGUUAUUUCCGUCAGCCUUUUCAAAUUCAAGAGUAUAACGCUUCAAAUUCUGAACAGGUAGUUUCAUAAAUAGCGGGGACAAUGGGGUCAUGGGAGUGCUGUUAAGAAAUUACAAACCGUUGAACAAUAAAAGGUAGAAGGGACGUAUUCUGCGCCGAAAGUGUCGAUGUUAAACUACUUUGCACAGUAUCGCAUUGGAUCUCUUAUUUUUGUUCUUUCUUUCUUUUUUUGGUACAUUUUAUAGCCAAGGCGUAUUUGCUUCUAUACGGGUCUUUAGAUAACAUUUGAUUGGACACCCAAAUUCUAAAGCUUUUCAACUUCUAAGCUAUGUAGAGGACAUAGGUAAGACAAGAGAUCUCAAUUACUUAUUAUGAUUUAUGAAUUUCAUUAAGUAUUUUUAAAAACGUUUCAUAUGAAACGUCUAACACACGCAGCUAAUUGACUGCGUCUAACGCACUUUCCUCUCGUAAGUCGAUAUGCUAUCGACUCCCUUGCAUGAAAAACUAAAGAAUAAUUUUUUGACAUCUUGAUAAAUCAAUUAUUAAAAUGUGAGAAAAACAUUUUUUACGCCAUAUGUUAUGAUCUCCGAGUAUAGUAAAAGUUAAAACAAUCUUUAAAAAAAAAUUCCUAUUCAGAUCCUCGAAUCAAAAUAUAACCGUUGCUUUGCGGGUAUAUCUGGAUACAAAUUUCCACAAAAAUUCGAUUAGUUUUUCCUCUUUUGGAAAAGAAAUGAACAUUUUCAUGACUUGGAUCAGACGUAGUUCGUCAGCCGCGUCUGUCCGCGGCUUCAUAGCAAACGCACUUUUAAAUCUUAAGGCAAAAUAGACAUUUACAUAAAAUUCAUAUUUUAACAAAUAAUGAAAUAUUAUUUUAAAAUAAUUGGUAUUAUUAAUAAUAAAACGAAACAGGGAAUCACUUUGUGAAAAUUGCCAUAAAGAAAUUUUUAAAGUUGCCGCUUUGAAUAUUUUUAACAUUGUUAAUUCUAAUGUAAAACAAAAUACAUAUAUGCCUAGUAAAGCAAAAUUCUUAUUGUUUGGUUAAAAGUCCUCGCAGUGAAAUCACUCUAGUAGUCAUUCCAUGACGACCUCAAAAUUGGUAUGAAGUUUGAUGGUGUCAUCAAAAAAAAUUUGGAUCGAGGUUUAAAAAAGGAGCUGUGAUUUUAAUUUCAUUUAUUCUGCAUGGAUUUUUAAUACCUAGUUAUAGUGUACAUACAUAUAAAUAAGUCGUUUUAUUUCAAGUUUUGUAUUUAUAGGUUUUAAGGAGAUACGUUUAAUUUUAAUAGAACUUUAUUAUCUUUUGGCCAAAAAAAUGUUUUAUCAACUUUAGUGUAGACCAUUAUUAUUUUUAUGAUUGCAUUGUACUAAAAUUAAAUAAAGCCACAUCUCAAAAUUCAAUCACACUAAUUCAGAGGAUGACUAAAUUUAACCAAUCUGACAUCUCAUGCCUUUUUUAAGACCCUAGUGAUGUGUCUUAGAUUUAAGAAACUAGUAUGUACAGAUUCAUUCCUUAUAUUUAGACAGUAUCUGAUGGCAUUAUUAUGCAAGGUAGAACAAAACUUUAAAUAUGAAAGUUAUCGGGCUCAUCCUCCGUCAUUAAAAAAUAUAUAAUAUUAAUAUUUAAAAACAUGAUUACCGUAUUUUCCCGCAUCGCACUUGAAAAACAGACCGGAAUAUAAACUCAUUAAAAUGACAUUGCAGUCUGUUUUUUUGGCUAAUUCAGGGCGGUUACUACUGAUUAAAACGGAUAAUGCAAAUAUUCCGAAAAUGACCCAAUCAAAUUUUAGUUGUUUGUUUUAUUCAAGGUGUUUUUCGUUAAAGAUUUGUCAGGUUUCUGUUGUUUUUCACUUUUGUGGGUUUUUCAUUUUUAUAUUUUCUGGAUAUUUAGGAUGAGCCCUACAAUUUUAUAUCCACAUGGUAUAAUAACACCAGCAUUAAAAAUAAAGAAUGGCCGUGUACAUUAAUAUUCAGUAGAACGAUAGUAACUAAUCAUUUAUAUUGUUACGUUUUUUUGUAAAAAUUUUGUAUAUGUUAACAUAUCCAAUAAAAGGUGAGACUGAA